AUGUUAGUACUAACAGACGUAAAUAAAAAAGGAGAUAGAAUAAAACUGGAUAAGAAACCGGUGAAAUCCAAAAGAAAGGAAGUAACAGAAAUGAAUGGAAAGGUACAAGAAUCGAUGGAGAGAGAGGUGGAAGAGACAGAGGAGAAGAAAGACGAAAGGAUAGAACUUUUGAUAAAUUUGGUGACAAGGAUGAAAGAGAACCAGAAGGAGCACCAAAAAUAUAUGGUUGAGAGAAUGGAGGAAUUAUGCAAGGAGGUUAAAAAUUGUAAACAAGAAAAUGAAAAAUUGAAUAAAGAGAUACAGGAACUACGAGGGAAAGGAGAGAAUGAAUACAAGGAAAUUAAGAAGAUAUUAAGAGCGGAUGCAAAUACAAAUACAAAUGAUAAAGAUAAGAGAAGCUACAGCCAAGUGGCGAAAGAAAACAAACAAGAGAGUAUAAUAGUAUAUAAACCGAAGACUCAGCAAAAGAGUGAGGAGACUGAAAAAGCCAUCAAAGAGAAAGUUAACAUCAGGAAUAUGAAUAUGGGAAUUUCAAAUAUUAGAAAGGGUAAAAACGGCACGAUUAUCCUAGGAUGUGAUAAGGAUAGAGAUAUCCAGACGCUGAAAGAGACUGUCACUAAAAACCUGGGAGACAGCUAUAAUGUUACGCAACCAAUAUCCAGUAAACCGAAGAUGAAGAUUGCGAAUAUAGGAAAAGAUGAAUUCGAGAUGGAAGGUAAUGAACUAAUGGAAUCUAUAAGAAAACAAAACGGACUGGAUACUGGCAAUGAGGGUUUCCACAUGAGAAUAUUGAAAAGGAUAAGAAAGAUGAGCGAAAGAGGAGCAACCAGAACACCAAAGGACGAGGGAAGCAUAAUAGUGGAAGUAGAUAUUAACACGCAAGAUGCAAUAAUGAAAGAAAAAAGAUUGAACAUAGGAUGGAGGAAAUGCCCAGUUUAUGAGCACUUCAGCGUAAAAAGAUGCUUCAAAUGUUGGGGCUUCUACCACAUUGCGAAAAACUGCACGAAGACGGUGACGUGUCAUGGAUGUGCGGGUAACCAUACAUCAAAUGAGUGUGUAGAGAGAACCAAAAAGUGUGUUAACUGUAUAGAAAAAAUGCAAAAGUAUAAUAUCAAGAUAAAUGCGGAGCAUAAUGCACUUAGUUCAGAAUGCCCAACAUAUCAAAGGGCAUUACGGGAAAAAAGAAGGAGAACGGACACGAGCAAGGACGAAUAG